GCGGGGGCCGAGGGAGCAUCCGAGGAAGCCCGAGGGACUGGGGCAACACUCACGUCUGGCUUAGCAGAGUCCAGCUCGACAUCGAGACGCUCAACUGGCAACGCCCUUUCAAGCACCCCUCUCGCUCGCAUGUUGCGUCCAAGGCGACGGCGAGACCUGCUCGGGACGUCCACCAAUCCCUUACGUGCAGGCUUCGGGCAGACCUCGGCGAGCUUCACGGCCCUCCCUUGACUCCAGCACCCACACUUUCAACACUGAGCCUGCUGCUCACGACGAUGGUCCCCACUGGCCGCAGGACCCCGCGGAGCUUCCAAAGCCGAGCCCGAACCUGCGACAAGAAGGUGGCCACGGGGCUCACGCAGCAGAAAGGGGGGGCGGCUGCGCUGGUACCCAACGCCGAAACCGACAGCGACAGCGACAAGAGGAAGGGGAUGAGGAGGAGGAGAAGGAGGAGGAGGAAGGAGGAGGGGGGAGGGGGCUGCACGCAGAUCUCCUUGCGAUGUAGAACAAUGGCGACGGAUUGCGAAAUCCUGGCAUACCCAUCCAAUUCCUUCGUCACGCUGGUAAGACCGCCUGAGCGCAGGCACUGCGUGGCAACCAAGACCAAACACGUCCAACGCACAGCUGGAUCCUCGAGUCUCCAUCGAAGGGUCGUCGAGCAGCAGCGGCGAAGAUCAGGCCGCGGCCGCCACCGGCGGAGGACCCUCCGCGGCUGGCGCCGGCUGCGCGGCCGCCUCUGGCGGCUGCGGAGGCGACUGCGCCGCUGCAGCGGCCGCCGCUGGCGCCUGUGCCUGCGC